AUGGGCAAGAUCAAAUCCUUCAAACAAGAAUUCUCACUCGAUGAACGACGGAAGGAAUCACAAAGUAUCUUAGUUAAAUAUCCAGAUCGAGUUCCCGUCAUCAUUGAGAAAUAUUCUAGAACAGACCUACCUGAAUUGGACAAGAAGAAGUAUUUGGUUCCGCGGGAUAUGUCGGUUGGGCAGUUUAUUCACAUUUUAAGUAGUAGGCUAAAUUUGACGUCGGGGAAAGCUCUGUUUAUUUUUGUGAAAAACACGCUACCUCAAACCGCUAGCCUUAUGAACUCCAUCCAUCAAACUUACAAGGAUGAGGAUGGGUUUCUGUAUAUGUGUUACAGCAGCGAGAAAACAUUCGGUUAA